AUGGCUUUUGUCAGCUCAUUGUCGUGGUCGCCGCGGAGCGGGGCAUCCUCGGACGUCCAGUUUCUGAAGCACCCGGAGCGACUGUUUAUCUGGAGGGACUGGUGCCUUUUCUGCGCACCAUUCCCUACAGUCCUAGACAAGCUGACUGCAGGGCAUCCCGGACUCCACUUUUCGCCCACUUACAUCCCCGAGCACCUGGGCAAACGAAAGUUUGCCCACGACGACGGCAGCGAAGUUGCCAUCCGAGUCCGGCAUAGUGGCGAGCGGCCGCACAAGAGGUUCCAGACCCUGGCGCAUGGAGACUUCCACCGGCGGAGCAAGAAGAAAAUCGGGGCCCUUUUUGACCGCCGUCCCCGGUCGGUCCGCCGAGAGGAAGCGGGCGACGUCGUGGCGGAAUUUUUCCGCCACGACGCCAAAAAAGCAAUUGAAUAUGCCCACCAGAUUUCGGGCCUGCCGGUCGUGGAGGGCAACCACGCCCGCUUCAUCUUUUUUGUGGAUGGAUCGAUGAGCCCAAAGCACCCUGAGGCCCUCGGCGGCCCGGGGGGUUAUUCGGUCGUCUACAAGGGUGCGGAGUCAAAGGAAGACCACUGGAUAUGGCAGGCAUGGUCGGUGGACGAGACGUUCAACAGCCACUGGGCAGAACUGAUGGCCAUUGCUGAGGCCCUCAACAUGGCCAUUCUCCGUCUGAGCCUCAAGCCGACAACCAGGACCGCCGAAAUCUACCUGUUCACCGACAGCCUGCGCUCUCUCGAUUUCCUGAUGAAAAAAUCGAGUGAAGCGGCGAAGCAGAGCCGCAGAACUACCUUCUUCGAGCAUGCUGGGCGACCCGUGCGCUCCUUCAUAGCCAGAAUCUCCCGCGAGCUUCACAACCUCGGGGUGAAACUGACCCUGAGCCACAUUCCCGGCCAUAAGCACGGCGUCACGGGACACAUCAUUGCCGAUCGCACAGCGCACAACGUGAUGGUCGACCGAAUGGAGGCCCUGCAAGCUCCAUCAAAAGACCAAGCUCCUGACUCUGCAGUGCCUAACUCGCUCCCUUCGGACCUUUCCCUCCCCAAACGUCGAUACAUCGACGACAAGGUUGCGACGCGAUCUUCGCAACACAACCCAAUAUGGUUGGUACUACACAGCCACGCUGUGGACAGGCUGAUGAAGGUAAAGAGGUGGAGAGAAGCAUUCGCGCAGCAGCAGAAGGACAUCAGACUCCUGAGGGAGCUUUUGAAGCUCGAAGCGGUCAAAGGACUCGACCCUCAGCAGAGAAAGGAAAAGGAAAACCUGAUGAAAAAGGUCGGAUAUCUGUUGGGCUGGCACCCUGCGUUCUUGGGUUGA